CGUGAGUCUCGCAUGCUUGUCACACUCCGCCCGUCUCGUCUCCUACGCCCAUCAACACCUCUCAAUCUGUCAGGAUUUCGGUUCACGGCAGUCCAACCGCAAUGGCUGGCACCAGCCGCGCACCACCCGGCGCGAUGCGAAUCUCGGGCCCCAUUUCGUGGCUCGCUCGCGAUUCUCGGAAAGUGCGGCCGGUGCUCGCCUCCCGGGCGAGGGAGGGCGGGGCGUGAUCCGAGGCGUGGGUGAGCGGCGCCUGCUGGGUCGGAUGGACGAAUGGUGGAAUCGUCGCCCGUCGCAAGGCCGGCGGAACGGAGGCGAUCGCAGGAGCGACGAUCCGCCUUCGUCUUUACCGCCGCUCCUCCAUUUGCGCACUCAUGUGGAUGAGCGUAUAGUGUGCGUCGCGUGGAUUCAGCUUCAUUCCGCACAAUGGCGUCUUACUCACUUUUUAUCCUGCCGCCCACCAUGCCGCCUCGUCCCUCGCUUCCUGCCCGCCUCUCCCUGGCGCUGCUCCUCGCGUGCCUCGCGUUCCUCGCGUGCCUCACACCAGCCGCCGCGCAAACCUCCUACGGCGCGCCCGAGAGCCCGCCCCCCACGGCGUCUCUGCCGCUGCUGCUGCCGUCCGCCGCUGCCGGAGACGGGCUGGGCGGGCCGGUGGGUGGGGGCGCAUCGGACAGUGCCAGUAACGCGUCGCUCAUUAGCGGAAUACCGGAUGGCGAAUACAGCAGGUAUCUCCAGGCGGGGCUGACGGCGCACGUGUGGGGGCAGCCGCUGGUGUCGUCGGUGCGCAACGCCGCCACCUUCCGCGCCGUGAACGCGCUGAUUCGCCAGACCAACCUCACCACCGCCGAUAACCAGUCCACCAUCCCCCUGCAGAACACCGACACGCUGUACGCCGCGGCGUGGCUGGACCUCGCGUCUGGCCCGCUGCUCCUGGCGCUGCCGUACGUGGCCCCGCCGCGCUACUACAGCGCGCUGCUCGUGAGCCCCUACAGCGACGUCGUCGCGGUGCACGGCGCAAGGACCGACGGCCCGGGUCCGCUGUCACUGCUUGUGCAGUCGGGGGGGCAGGGGUUGGGGGAGGAGGGUGCGGGGGAGGUUACCAACUCCAGUCAGACAGGCGCAGCAGGGGGAGGGGGAGGGGGAGGGGGAGGGGGAGGGGGAGGGGGAGGGGGAGGGGGAGGGGCUGGGAACAGCAGUGGUGGCAGGUCGACGGUUAUUACUGUGCGGAGCAGCACGCGCAACGUGUUUUUGAUCGUGCGCGUGCUGGUGCAGGGGUAUGAGGACGUGCCUGCUGCUAGCAACCUGCUCAGCAACAUCACUCUCACGCGCCCCGCCACCAACGCCCCUGCCACCCCUCUCCCACCGCCCGACCUCUCUUCACUGGCCGGCCUGCCAGAUGGCAUGCAGCGGUUGGUGCUCAUCGACCGCGCCCUGCAGGACAACCCACCCACCCAGGACGCUGCUAACCUGGAUGUGCUCAACCAGCUUGCAACCAUCGGCAUCUACUCCUCCUCCACCUCCUCCGCCUCCUCCUCCAACCUCUCCUCCUCUGCCUCCUCUGCCUCCUCUUCCCCCUUCUCCUCCUCCGCCUCCUCCGCCUCCUCCUCCAACCUCUCCUCCUCCGCCUCCUCUGCCUCCUCUUCCCCCUUCUCCUCCUCCGCCUCCCCCUUCACCCCCGCCUCCCUCUCGCCCGUGCAGCGCCUGGCGCUCGCCCAGGCGUACCUCUUAGCGAAUGUGACUAUAAGGGGCGCGUACACGCUCCUGCUGCUGGGGGUGAACCGGUCGGUGGUGGUCAACCGCUGGCUGUCCGACACGUCCCUGGGCUACUACGGCGACCGCUUUCUCUUCCGAGCAGGCUUCACGUCCACAGGCGGGCUGGGAGCGCUCCCCUCCGCGGAGUCCCUCUACCUCCUCACCUGGCAGGACGCCCUCGGCCAGCGCUACGACGGCGCCGCCAACCACUCCCUGCACCUCUCUCCACCGCCCGUCACCGCAUGCGGCUUCUGGUCGCUGACUCUGUACAAUGGCGAUGGGUUUCUGCCCCAGGGGCUGUGGCGCAACAGCAUUGGGGAUCGCACCAAGGGGCUCAGCUACAACCUGGACGGCACACUCACUGUUCCCAUCCAGCCGUCCCCCCCGCCCAAUGCAAGUCUGGGCGGCAACUGGCUGCCGACGCUGGCCAAUGACAGCUUCUCCCUGGUGCUGCGCGUGUACUGCCCCGCUGCCAGUGUCCUCAACCGCACGUGGGCGCCAGCCGCCGUCACCUUGGGCUGAUCAGCAGUGCCCCGCUUCUACUCCUGUUAAUGUGCCUGUAGAUGAGCGGCUCGUCGGGUUGUUACCGUGCCGUAUGUAGGCAGGCAGGCCGUUGUAGCCAGCUAUUGUGGCUCAAAAUGUUUUUUAUAUAAAGCAAAGUAUCCAUGAUUAGCAUAUAUAAUGUACUGUGUGUAUGUGUAUUGGGCUGAGAAAAAGCCCUUAGGAUCUUUUGCAGAGACUAAGUCCCAGCUGUAGAGACUUUGAGACUUUGAGUAGUGCAGCGGAAGUUGAGGCAGUUGAACCCUUGUACUAGUAU